GAAAGAGCAAGGGCAAAAAAAAAGAAAACCCGAAUAAAAUAAGAAUAACGAUAAUCCCCAAGAAGGGGAGAGACUCAGUCUCACGAGCAGCAGCAGGGCAGAGGGGAUCGAGCGAGAGUCGAGAGAGAUGGAGGAGUGUAUGAGGAAACUGGCCUUGUGGCACACGAGAACCUUCAAGCCGGUUAUGACCCACGACGAGCUCGAACCGAUCAUGUCCACCAUGGGCUUCAUCCCCCAGGACCACCAGGAGGACUCUUUAGGUUUCAAAGAGUACGUUUUCCUCUCUUCUCCCACCACCAACCACCCCAGGCCCAGGCUCCCCUAUCCCCACAUCGACGGCCUUCAUAUCACCACCUACCAGGCCUUUAUCGACGCAUUGGCCUUCUUUCUUGAUGUCUCCGAUCUCUUCCAUGUCAGGGGAAUGCCGCUCCAACGUGUCAAAGAUAAAAACAGAAAAUGGUGUCGCAUGGAAGAUGAUGAUACUGCUGUGUUUGUGUACAGAGAUGGAACCUUGGACAAGUCGAGCCACAAUUUGAGCAGACAAGAGUCGUCAUCAUACACACAUGUUCUCAUCCACCAUAAACCCCUACCUCAUUGCACUCUUCUUCCCCUUAAAGACAUCACUGUUUGGGUUUGAUUUUUGGGUAGCCUCUUCACAACAAAACCUCUUAGAUAUAAUAAUAAGAGUUUCCUACCUUUGUCUACUUCUUCUCUCCUUCAUCGGAUUCAAAGUGGCCGCCGGCCAAAUGAGAUGACGGUUGAUGAUCCAUAACUUUCAAAAGCCCUUACUGGUUUUGUUUCCACCAAAACUAGACUAAUACACUUGAUUCUCUCUUUAUAUGUCUUUUCUCUUCAACUCAAAACUUGUAUCCUAUUGAUGCUCUCUACCCUUUUUCUAUUAACACGUACAAGUGUACGUAGAUUCUUCUCUACUUCACAGGAGCACCAAAAGAAGGAAACAAAUUUGUAAAUCAAAAUCAAUAUAAUCAAGUUUUCACUUUCU